AUGCCUCCAGGAAAAGGUAGUCGCUUCGUUGGUGUCGCUGAAGAAUAUCUACGUCACAAGGCCAUCAAGCUGGAAGAGCGAAUGCGCUCACUCGAGGACGCUCUUGCAAUCCUGCAGGUUAAUACUUCUACUCAGCCACACCCAUUGCUGACCAAAAUAUGGUCAAAUGAAGAGGCUGAUAGUGGGAGUAGCGUCGAUACCACACCUACGAUGGCAGAAUCCAACUCACAAGGUCUGAUAGAUGCCUUAGGCACUUUGCACCUUGAUGGUGACCCAGAAUCUGGUACUACUCGUUUUUUCGGACCUUCCGGAGGUUCUGAGAGUUUAUUGCUGACUGGAAAACGAAUUAUCCCUGAAACUCCGACAUCAUUGUCCGAAACACAAGAAAUCGAGGUUGAUUACCUGCCACCUCACAUCAGCAAGCUUGACCAUGCCUUCCCUUUCCCUCCCCCAGGGCUCCCCAAAGAACACUUGCGAGAGACAAUAGAAUCCUACCUACCGGAUAUCCGGCGCGCUGUUUCGUUAUGUGAGACUUUCCUAAAGUCUCUCUCAUGGACGUUCCAAAUAGUUUCGCGACAGCAAAUUAUUGACGACCUCAUCCCAUUGAUAUACAGGCUGGGGAUAAAAUCAUCGAAGCAGCCACAUUACGGACCACACGACCUGGCCUUGCUAUUCAGUGUACUAGCGGUCGGAGCUUUGUUUGAUCCCGCCCUUCCCCCGUAUAAUUCCGAAGCUCGUCACUAUCAAAAACUGGCGCGCGCUGCCUUGGGUUUGCAAUCUAUAUUUUCGAAGCGGUCUAUUGUCACGAUUAAGGUAUUGCAUCUUAUGAGUAUGUACUACGGCAUGAGUGGCGUCGAGAGCAACGCGGAGCUUUGUUAUUCUUUUCUCAACCUUGCUGGUCAAGUCGCACUUCAGAUUGGGUUCCAUAAUGAUCCUUCACGAUGGGGUUUUGAGGGGAGAGAAGCCUACGAACGCCGCUCAUAUUUCUGGGCUCUCUUUUCUCAAACUCUCUGGCAAAGCCUGACCAUUGGACGCCCUCCCGCGAUUAUGCCAGCUGUGGUUGACUGUAAAAUCCCGGGUGAAUUUGACGAAGCUACGUACCGGUUGGGAGAAAUCCCUAUUACAUUUGGCAGCUGGAGUUCUCGGUUCACAGCGGAGUGCCUAGCACCAGUCGUUGAAGCGACUCAGGCUGUAAAGCCACCUAACUACCAAACCAUCCUCGAGUUGGAUCGUAAAAUACGGGAAUUUUCUGUGCCUGUAUCUCCGCAUUCACCUCAUUCCGACCGUGAGCCCACAGACAUGCGUACCUUUGCUCAAUCACGUUACAGAGAGUUCACGCUCAUGUUCUUGCACAGAGGUUUCUUUGCACAGGCCAUGGGUGACUUUCCUUCAGAUCCUCUUAGAAGCCCUGUAGGCCGAUCAUUCAUGGUUGCCUACCAAUGUGCCUGUGCACUGAUCGCAGUAACUAUCGACACAUUCGAGCUACAGCCCAUGUUGUGUUCCCGAAUGUGGCGAAUAUGGUCCCAUACAUUCUCAUCAGCAGUUAUCGUUGGCACCGUCGCCAUCCGAAGACUCGGCAUAAAAUUGGACCCGGACCCAUUUGACCAACUAGAAAAGGCGUGUUCAUUAUAUCGCAAUGCGGCGCAGACUUGUAGUCGCGCCAAAAAAGCGCUGCCAAUUUUACUUCGGCUCUAUCAAAAAGCGGUCCAUGCGAGGAUGGACCCCCUUCAACACGCCAGCCACAAACCACCUUCAAGGUCUUCUGGAUCGGAGGAUGAACCCGACGAAUUAGAGGUGUUUGGCGGUCGGACACUACUAGUAACAAAACUUUCCAAGAACGUUUCAUGGUCUCCCCAACAUCCAAUCCAACUUGCGAGUUCCACAGCGACUCAAAAUAGUUCCCCAAACCAACGGAACGAUUAUCAGUCGCAUCUUAUUAACAUCCCCGUGAUUCGAGACUCUGCACUUGGGGAAGGGGCGGUCGGGCUGCCUGAGUUGGAAUUUUUUCACCCGGAGAUCCCUGGGCCAUCAUACUCUCGUUCUCUGUGCGCUCCCUCGCUUCACGGUCUCCAACAAGGACAGCAAGGGGAUUUGAUGUUGGAUGACAAGUGGUCUUCCUUUGUAUAUGAUGCAUCUCUUCCUCUAGGAUAUUCCCAUCUCGGUCCACAAGCUCGUUGAGCGAUUGCUGAUUGCACCUGUUCGUGCGAUGCGAUUGAUUCAAGUACUGUAACUAUAUCGCUGAUUUGGCAUGUUCAUUUUUAAUGUGUUCGUACAUUAUAGCAAGCUAAGCCUUUCAUUACUUCUAUCA